CUUCUUCUAUUGCAACAACUCUAGUCACAUCAGAGACGCCCCAUAAAAUGGACCACUACUAAACCUAUAGCAACACACCAAUCGGAGCCCACCAGCAAUCCGCAAAUGCACAAUGCGCUCUGUCCCAUUUCUUGUGGGCCCCAUAUUGAUCUCAUCGCUGAUCAGAAUUAGUACAGAGAUACUACGUGGCCUUCUGUCAAAAUCAUGUACAUCCUGUCCCAAUGAUAUUACACCACGAGUGAAGUUAUUCGAACGGUGAUGUCAUAUAGAAAGCUCCCGUCAUCAUGGUGACGUCUGUUUUCGCUGUUCGUGAGUCAAGUUGAUGAUUAAAUACUACGAAUGACCGUCACGCACGCAGUGACUCUUAUAUCAAUAAGAGAGCUGAACAUGUUCUAAACGGAGAGUUCGCUGUUUACUCCCUUUUCGCGUCAAGCCGACAUCGCCAUGGGAGCAGCGUUACCACUAUGGCUCAAGUUUCUAGACGAAACGUCCAAAGUCGUGACUGUGUUGACUGCAGCUGCUCUUCUCUAUACCCGCUCUGCAGGAGUCGCUUUUUUUGUGACCGGCGCAUUGUUAUGUUCAAAAAUUGCUAAGGUCAUCAAGAAGGCAAUACGACAAGAGCGCCCAUCACAGUUCUCUAGGCGUCAAGUGUCAUAUGGGAUGCCUAGCGCACACGCAUCUACAUGCACCUUCUUCGCUGUAUAUAUUACCUUUGCUUGCCUUGAGCUACCUAUCCACUCUGCCUUCCCUCGUUUCGCUAUGUUCGCCCCAGUGGUUGUCUUACCAUGGACAUGCAUGAUAGUUAUGUCAAGGGUCCGGCUGGGCCAUCACACAUGGCCACAGAUUGCGGCAGGAACUUUACUUGGAGUCUGCUGUGCCAGUCUUUGGUUCAAACUAUGGGUGGACGAUGUGGGUGGGAUCAUGACAAUUUUAUCAUCAGCGAAUGUCGAGUUCACUGUUGUCUCACUUAUCUCACUUUUUUGGGUAAAUUAAACGCAGCAUGUCUUCGAUUUUACUUGCAAUAACAUUCCAUUUUGAAUUGAUUUGCACCCCAC